AUGGUUUCACCAAAACCCAGAUCUGUAAAGUUGUUAUCUACGAGUUUAAAGAAUCGUCUUAUCCCCAAUUACAAUUUCCUCAAGAAUGUUGUCAUUCAGGACGAAAAAGUUUUCACAUUUUUGAAGCGCUCGCAACGGCUAUUUUUACUGGACUUAAGAAGUAAAAAACCUGGUCCAAAUAUAGCUCUUUUGAAAGAUAUUGGUGUGCCUCAAUCUCAAAUUUCUUAUUUGGUGACUAAUAUCCCAAGAGCAGCAUGUUCCAAACAUUCCAAAUUUUGCAAGGUUGUCAAUCAGGUUAAGGAAAUGAGAUUCCAUCCCACCCAAACUGUGUUUGUUGUGGUAGUUGGAGUAAUCAGCGAAUUAAAGGAAUCGGUUCGGGAAUCUAAGUUUGAGGUUUAUAGGAGGUGGGGUUGGUCCGAGGAUGAGACUCUCGCUGCUUUUAGAAGGCAUCCCUGUUUUAUGACAAAUAUCUGA